CCUGCCAGCGGCGGCUGUUUGAGGAAGUUUGGAUCAACUUUGUACCUGCUGAAGAGGAGUAGCCCCUAAUGUCCGCUUAUCUGCUGCCACAGACUUGACCUCCAUCAUAAUGACGUCAACAUCAGAGCUGGAGCAACUGGCUGAAAUAGAGCUUCAGAAGGAGGAAGAGGAGGAGGAUGAGGAGGAUCAGAAGUGUGUCACAGACGGUCCAUCAGUUCCUCCCAGCAACAAUCUUAGUCCUGAUCCUUCUCACCCGUAUUACGAUGUGGCUCGACACGGCAUCAUCCAGGUCUCCGGUGACGACAAGUACGGCAGGAAGUUGAUCACCUUCAGCAGCUGCUGUUUACCUCCAUCACACCAGCUGGACCACCGCCGCCUGCUGGAGUAUCUGAAGUUCACGUUGGACCAGUAUGUAGAGAUGGACUACAUCCUGGUUUACUUCCAUCAUGGUCUGAGGAGCAGCAACAAGCCGUCUCUGAAAUGGUUACGAGAAGCUUACAGCGAGUUUGAUAGAAAAUAUAAGAAGAACAUGAAAACUCUGUACGUCGUUCAUCCGACAAACUUCAUCAGAAUCGUCUGGAACCUUUUCAAACCUCUGAUCAGUCACAAGUUUGGGAAGAAGCUGACGUACGUGAACUACCUGGCUGAACUCAAAGAACACCUGAACUACGAGCAGCUCAUCAUCCCUCCUGAUGUGCUCAGACACGAUGAGAAGUUACGAGCUGCUCAGAAAGGCGGACCCCCUCCCUCAGUGAAGACCCCCCCACCUCGACCCCCUCUGCCCACACAGCAGUUUGGAGUCAGUCUGCAGUACAUCAGAGAGAAGAACAGGGAGGCGCUGAUCCCACCUGUGAUCUCUCAGACUGUCACCUACCUGAAGGAGAAAGGUCUGAGGACUGAGGGGAUCUUCAGACGCUCGGCUCGAGUUCAGCUCAUCAAGGACGUUCAGAAACUCUAUAACCUGGGGAAACCAGUGAACUUUAAUGAGUUUGGAGACGUCCAUGUUCCUGCUGUGAUCCUGAAGACGUUUCUCAGGGAGCUGCCUGAGCCGCUGCUCACCUUCAGACUCUACAGCCAGGUCCAGGACCUCCUCAAUGUGGAGAGCAGUCUGCGGGUCAGCAGGUGUAAACAGAUGGUGGAAAGUCUUCCUGAACAUCAUUUCAUCGUAACAAAGUACCUGCUGAGUUUCCUCCACACGGUGUCUCAGGAGAGCAUCGUGAACAAGAUGAGUGCGUCUAAUCUGGCCUGUGUGUUUGGGGUGAACCUGGUUUGGCCUCGUCACGGUUCGAUCUCUCUGACCGCUCUGACGCCCAUCAACAUUUUCACAGAGAUCCUCAUCGAACAUUUCCACACCGUGUUCGGCUCCCGCUGCCCAGCUGCUCAGGUAAUACCCUGAACCUGCAGAUCAGCACAACACCUGGCUCCAGACGACACGCAUCCUGCGGAACUUUGUUUUUAUUUUAUUUUUUAAUACUACUUCUUCAUUUUUGCUGGUUAAUCGAAUUGCACAUCUCUUGGGUCUGAACCACAGACAUGAAAUAAGCAGUAAAUACUGACCAGCUGUGGAUAUUGAUCGUCCUCAGUGGAGGAUUCCUGAAGGUUCUGACGUUCCUCUGACCCCACCAUCUGGACAAAAUCUCAAUUUUUACGCAUGGAAAAAAAAUCUAAAAGUGGAAUUUCCCUGUGGAUUAACCUUCACUCUGCACACUCUGUUUUGGACACAGUUUUCCUCUAGCGCCACUGUCUGUCACUUUAGACACUAGUUUUAUAUCUACUGUAAGACAGUUUAGAUCUGUCGGCUUUAAUUCUUUUUCUACUGAAGUCUUGCUCCUCUCAGUAUUUAUAAUGUGGCCGAUGAGCAGGACCGAUUUAUCUGAUUUCCAAGAAUUUGCAUCAGUAACAUGAGAACAUUGAUUUGUUUGGUCGAAUAUCUGAGUGUGUGUGUGUGUGUCUGUCUGUCCACCUGCAGCUAAUCUCACGAACUACUAGACCAGUCAGCCUAAUAUUAUGUGUGCACAUUUAUGACUGUAUGUUCAAGGACCUCUUGAGUUUGUGGUGAUUCCCAGUUGUUGAAACACCUGUUUUGUUUACUGUUUCAUGCCGUCACUAACUACUGAGUCUUCACUGCUUUUAACCGGUCUGUACAGGAAACAGCUUUUCCUGAAAAUUAGCUCGGCUAAAAACAACAAGCCUUACCAUCUGUUGCUGGCGACAUUUUUGGCCUUUGUCACGGCUCAAAAACUGACAUCAUAGAAAUAAUUGGUCUUAUUUUGAUUUGGAGCAUCUGCAGAUUAAUGUCAUGCCGGAUAUGUUAUGGUCCACUAAAGUUAGGCACGAUACAAGAUGAGUGUCAGUUUUUUGAAGGGGCAGUUCCACCAGUUGCAGCUGCGGUUCGUUCAGGCUGCCCAAGCUUUGUUCUGUCCACUGCAUGGUGUCAUACCACAUCGGGAGCUUGUCAAAAUGCCUGAACCAUUUUGUAAACUACAUCCUACAGACAAAGUUAAAAGUCCAGUUAUGAACAAUAUGGAUCAGAUAUUUGUGGCUGUUUUAGUUUUUAAGAAAUACUUUCAUCCUCAUAAUUAUAUUGUAUCUAUAUUUCACAUACAGUGUCUGUUGUGUAGAGUAGCUGCAAUCAGCUGGGCCGGCCGUCUGACAAAGAUCUGCUCUCCACUUAGUGCACUUUCCUAGUUCAACUUUUAAUUCACGAGAUUAAUUAAAAUGAAACUUUUUUAUGUGGUUGUUUUAUCCAUAAACAGUCUCCACUGUGCUUUUAGAAAAUGUACCACAUCAUUGUUUCUCAAAGUGCAGCCUGCAGGCCAAUGGUAGCCCUCAAAAAAAAUCUGUGCGCCCCCUGUUUUAAUCAUCUGCGGCACAUCUCAGUACCUCAACCUCCAGUAGCUUACAUUUAAUACACUACUUGGCCCUCCUAACAAGCGUCUGCCAGCUUAGGGAUGACGACUUGUAGAAAGCGACUGGUUGCAGGCAACUUGUGGCAACUUGCGUGUGUCGCAGGGAUUAUUCUCUACUGUAAAUGCUGGUGCUGUUACCUAGCAACAACUAAGUUUAAUGUGAACGUGAGAGGAAAUAGAUAGUUUGUUUUAUUGUAUAUGUGCAACAAAUACAACCCUAAAUUGCCACUCAGUCAUCAGGACUGUGAGAGCCUCUGAUGUGGUACAAAAAUGAGUAGACAUGAAAGAAUGUAUUGUUUGUGCUUUGUUACACAUUGUUUUGCCUCCUCACUGGUGCCGUGAGUGUGUAUGACCUGGAAAAUACUGAAGCUGAGCGAAUGUAUGUUUAACUUUGUCAUGUAUGUGUCCAUGUAUGUCUUGUGCCAAGAGUGCUUUCCUUAUCAUAUCUGUGUGUUAAUAAACAUAUUUUCA